UUGCUUGUAGAAGACAGCGAUGUUGAAUUUGUGGAUUAUUUACCGCAAAACGCAGAAGAUGAUGAAGCAGCUACGCAUUCGGGCACUGAAGGUGCCAGUGCUACCUCGGAGCAACACUCGUUAUCGAGUGAUGAUGAAUCUGAAUUCAUUCGUGGAUUGAAGUUUCCAACAGUCGAUUCAUCUGAAUCGAGCGAUGAAGAGUUCGAGCUUAACAGAGAAGACAACAGGAGGAUUAAAGUAUCAAAAAGCAACAAGGAAAUACCCAAAGACCCAUCGCCGUCAGCAGUGAAACUUCGAAGUGAAUCGUCGAGAUCCACUUCGGAGAAUGUCGACAAUAAUUCGGUGCCAGAUCGUUUGUCGUUGUCGAGUGCGGGCAGCUUCUCGGACGAGAACGCAUCGAUGAGCUCCACUCGUUCGGACGCUCUUUUGAAUCACAAGUCGUCGCUUUCUGAUUCCAACAAUGACUCUAACAACGAUGUCGACAAACUUCACUCAAUCCCAUCAAUCUCUGACAUUAACGAUUCCGUUGACGGCAGCAAUUCAUCCAGUCAAAAAUCACUACCAUCAAAGAAAGGAGACACUCAAGAAGUGCCAUUGGACGAUAGUGAUCGAACAUUGAGAAAACAUCCGUCGCGUCAGCCACAAGAGAGCACAACUUCAGUACCUCGAUCUACAGCCUUAACUACUUCAGCGAAUACUGAUGAACUAUUCGAAAUUUUAGAUGUGAUUCGUCGUUAA